AUGGAGAAAACACCGGCAGAAGACUCUGUCGGCCGAACCUACCGAGAGGACUCAGAUGGCCUCGCGUACAGCUACGAACAUGUCGCCGGGCUUGACGUACCAGCCGUCACCUGGUGGAAGGACCCUGGUCUUCGAAAGCUCUACAUCAUGAUGCCAGUUCUGUUCCUCGGGUCCACAAUCAAUGGGUACGACGGAAGUCUUCUCAAUGGCCUCCAGACCAUGGUCCCAUGGCAGACCUACUUCGAUAAUCCCAGCGGAUCCAGACUUGGUCUCUUCACUGCGAUUCAGAAUAUUGGUGGGAUUUGUGCGUUGGGCUUCAGUAGCUAUGCCGCAGAUAUCUUCGGCCGACGAAUCGGCGUUUGCCUUGGACUUUUGAUUGUGUUUUUGGGCACUAUUCUCCAAGUUGUACCAACCAAAGAUCACGAGGGAAUGUUCAUCGGUGGCAGAUUCUUGGUAGGGUUGGGCUCGAACCUUGCACAAGGUUCUGCACCGUUGCUCAUCAUGGAGCUUGCCCAUCCGCAACACCGAGGUAAACUAACAACAAUGUACAACACAUUAUGGUAUGUUGGUGCCAUCAUUGCUGCUUGGACAGUUUUCGGUACUGUGAAAUACACUUCGGAUGCUGCGUGGCGGAUCCCUGUUGGAAUGCAAGCCGCCAUGCCAGUCAUCCAGUUCGCCUUGAUAUUCUGUCUACCAGAGAGUCCUCGAUGGCUUCUCUCAAAGGAUCGUCCUGACGAAGCGCUGGCUGUCUUGAUCAAAUACCAUGCAAAUGGAGACUCGACCAACCAUUUCGUCCAAUCCGAGUUUCAUGAAAUUCAAGAAACAAUCCGCCUAGAGAAGCUCAAUUCAAAACAUGGGUGGACAGUCUUCCUGAAGACUCCUGGCAAUCGCAAAAGGCUGCUCUUGAUCGCCCUGACCUCAUUCUUCUCGCAAUGCUCUGGCAAUGGCCUAGCCUCGUAUUACCUCCACGACAUACUGAACUCAGUUGGGAUCACUGGGUCCUACGACCAGUCACUCAUCAAUGGUGGACUCCAGAUCUGGUCAUUCCUUGUCGCGAUAUUCUUCUCGCUCUUCGUUGAUAAGAUUGGACGCAGAAUGCUUUUCAUGAUUGCUGCCGUGGGGAUGUUGAUCUCGUUCACCAUUCUGACCGCUUGUUCGGCCGUCUAUGCUCAGUCUGGGAACAACAGUGCUGGAAGCGCUGUGAUUGCGAUGAUCUUCCUCUUCUAUGGAGUGGCUGGUUUCGCGUGGCCGGGAUUGACCGUUGCUUAUUGUGCGGAGAUCCUACCGUUCAAUAUCAGAGCGAAAGGUCUUGCCAUCAACUUCGCAUUAACUGCGACGGCGUCUGUCUUCAAUCAAUAUGUGAACCCCAUCGGCCUUCAGCACCUUGCUUGGAAAUUCUAUUUCGUGUAUAUUGUCAUCCUCAUAAUCGAGUGUUUGUGUAUUUGGUUCCUGUUCGUCGAGACCAGGGGCCCGACUUUGGAGGAGAUCGCACGGCUUUUUGAUGGAGCAAGUGCAAACGUAUCUGGAAAGCAGGUCCUGGACAAAAAGUCGGAAUUGGCUAGAUCUGCCCAGAUUCAGCAUACUGAGGAACUAUGA